AUGCUUGAGAUGAGGGUCGAGCGCUUCAUGUCGCACACCACCGACGACGACGACCGGCGCUAUCGUCCGGCAGAUGAAGUGGAUCAGGCAAAGCAGCGGGACCCGGUGGUCACCUUGGGCAACCUGCUUCUGGAGCAGGGAAUACUGGCCCAGGAGCAGAUCGACGAAGCCGCCGAGAAUGCCUUGGCCGCCGUCGAUGCUGCCACCGACGCCGCCGAUAACGCUAGCCCGCCGGACGUCUCUACCCUGCACCACAUGUCUACUCAGUCCAGCCCAAUUCAGCCAGUUUGCCGACCGAUUACCCGGCAUCAGGAGUCUGAUUCCGUGGCCGUCAAAAGCGUUAUCGAAGCCGUAAGGGAAGCAAUUCGUGAGGAGAUGCACCGCGAUCCCUCCGUGUUCGUCAUGGGCGAGGACGUGGGCGCGCGCGGCGGCGUCUUCCUCGCCACCCAGGGACUGCUCGAGGAGUUCGGCGAGGACCGGAUCAUCGACACCCCGCUCGCCGAGGCCUCCAUCGUGGGCAUCGCCCUGGGAGCCGCCUUCCGCGGCCAGCGGCCCAUGCCCGAGAUCCAGUUCUCCGACUUUGUCUGGCCGUCCAUUAAUCAGCUCAUCGGCGAGGCCGCACGCACCUGCUACGGUACGAACGGUGCGGUGCAGGUGCCGAUGACGGUUCGCAUCCCCUACGGCGGCGGCAUCCGUGGAGGCCUGUUCCACUCCCAGAACGUCGAGACCCACUUCUUCCACACUCCCGGCCUCAAGGUCGUCACGCCCUGUACCCCUUAUGACGCCAAGGGGCUGCUCAAGGCCGCCAUCCGCGACAACAACCCGGUGGUCUUCCUGGAGCACAAGAAGACCUAUCGCCUCGUUCGCGGCGAGGUCCCGGAAGGUGAGUACACCCUGCCCCCGGCAAAGCGACAUUCAAGAGCCAGGGCAGCAAUGUGGACCAUUGCAGUACGGCGGACCCUCCACUCUGCCUCGAUGCCGCAACUAGGUCGGCAGCUGGGCAUUGACUCCGAGGUUGUGGACCUCCGUACUCUCUCACCGCUGGACAAGGACACGAUACUCACCUCGGUGCGCAAGACCGGCAAGCUGCUGAUUGCCCACGAGGACAACAUCACCGGCGGCAUCGGCGCUGAAAUCGCUGCCUUGGUGGCCGACGAGGCCUUCGAAUAUCUCGACGGCCCGAUUGUGCGCGUCUGCGGCCCCGACGUCCCGACCAUGCCCUUCGCCCAGACCCUCGAGGACGCCUACAUCCCCGACCCAACGAAAAUCGCCGCUGCCCUGCGACGCUUGGCGGCAUACUGA